AAUGUGAAAGAAUCUCAGAGAGUCAUUUUCAACAUUGUUAACUUCAGCAAAACUAAAAGUCUUUAUAGAGACGGGAUGGCCCCUAUGGUGAAAUCUACCAGCCGACCAAAAUGGCAAAGACUGCCACCCAAGAAUGUCUACUACUACCGCUGCCCAGACCAUAGGAAGAAUUAUGUGAUGUCUUUUGCAUUUUGUUUUGACCGAGAAGAAGAUACUUACCAAUUUGCUUACUGCUACCCUUAUACAUACACUCGCUUUCAGCAUUACCUUGACAGCCUGCAAAAGAGAAACAUGGAUUACUUCUUCCGUGAGCAGCUGGGUCAGAGCGUGGGGUUCCUAUUGACCAGCCCAAUUGGAAAUUAGAGGGCAAGAGACCACUGAAGUAAUCCAUACAGACAAAGUCUUCCUGAACAAAGAAAACGGUGAAGAAAGGCAGAG